AUGCUCCAAGCACCGAUCCGGGUCUAUGCGGACGCCCGAGAGCGCGCGACGCAAGGCUACGGCCCACGGCUCCCAAGAGGUCUGGACGACACACCUGAGAAAGGCGUCGUGGCUUUGCACCUGGCCUCUGCCGGGCGGGAGGCGGCCAACGGCGUCUACCAGGCAACUUCCAAAGAGAAGUUCGGGGCGCCUGUGUACCAGAACAUGCGCCAGCCAGGCUUCCGCAUCCUGCGAGAUGAGCAGCAGAACAAGGGAAAAGUAAGGCACGGCUGGCUGCUGCUUUCGCCAGAAGGGGAAGCGCUCUACGGCCUCCCGACGGAGUCGGCCACCGUCCCCGUGUGCACCUGGCGCUGCUACCAGGCAGAGCAGCCUCCUCCGCAAAUCGAAGCGUUCCAGGUGCUCGCGGAUGCCGUGAACGCCUUGGUGGAUGCCCUCGAGGUUUCAGUGCAGACAGCCCUGGCUGCAGAGGACUGGCAGCUCGCAAGCUCAGCAUCCACGGCCGCCUUGGAAGACCUCUGCCGCUCCGGCCAGCGCUUCGGGGACGCCUUCGAAGGCCGGGCGGUGCGCCUACUCCGCUGCCGCGCACAAGCAUCCUUGGGCCUGAGGGAUUGGAAAGCCGCCUUGCGGGAUGCCGUGGUCGUGCUCGAGCUCUCGCCAGGUGACGCUGCUGAGGAGCUGGCGGCCGCUGCGGCAACCGAGCUGGGCGCCGAUCCUGUCGAGCUACUGGAGGUCAUCCGCGGCGGUGGCAUCCUCGACCGCUGCUCGCCGCUCUCGCUGCGCAUCGUGGAGCAGUGGGUGGAAGACGUGGUGCACGUGGCAGAGGCCCGUGCAAGCCUCCGGCGGCGGCAGGAAGGGAUGAACACCGAGAGCGAGCCGCUAGAAGACGAUGGCGAGACUGGGCAGCCGGCUGCCGUGGCUGCGGACCACGGCCGCUGCAUCAAGCCCUUGAGCGGCUCGGAGGUCACAGACGUCUACCAUCGUGGCUUUGUCGCAUGGGCGGGCUUUCCGCGUGCGGAAGAGAUGCGGGAGCCGCUGUUCCUACAUGAGUGGGUCUUGUGGCUUGGCAGCCAGCUCUCAAUUCUGAACUGGCGCUUGCUCGCCCGACGGAAGGGCGUGCAGCUGGAAGACGCCACGCCACUGUCACCUCGAUCGCAGCAGAGGGCGGCGGUGGAGGCCCUAGUUGCUGCCUUCGAGGCUGCUGGGCGGCCAGCAGUCGAGGAACCUGAGGCGCAGGACCGGCCCGCUCGUUGCGAUGCGGAGGCCGUGCUGCAGCAGGUGAGCAGAGAAGUUCCUUCCCUGCGAAGCCGCUGA